CGGCUCGGCUCGCGCUUGGACCCGGAGAUGAAUGCCCUUUCAGAUUUCCGACGCGAUUUGGUGAUUUGUGGCCGCAGCCCACAAUGAACUUGGCUGCCACAUUCAGCCGCUCCCAUUCACUUGCAUAAGCAUACUUCGCGUCGACAAAUCGUGCGCUCGGCGGGGUUGAGUGUUACCCGUAUAUGUAGGGUUAAUAUACAGUGGUCUGUUCGUUUCCUCUGCGGUGUCUAGAAACGCGUAACCCUUUCCCCUCCACAAGCUUCAAAGUAUUUUGCCGUUGUAUUGUUGAAUUGUUGCUUGCACAACAUUUUGAUCCUUUCUGGGAAAAAAGUAGAUAAUGGCAACAGCUGAGCAGUUUUCUCUAAGAUGGAACAAUUUCCAGAGCAAUAUGACCUCAGGGUUUCAUGCCCUGUGGGAAGGAGAAGACUUAGUCGAUGUCACUCUAGCUGCUGAUGGGCGAUUUCUACAAGCACACAAAGUUGUUUUGUCUGUUUGUAGUCCAUAUUUCAAGACUCUGUUCAAGGUAAAUCCUUGCAAGCAUCCAAUUGUUAUUCUUAAAGAUGUUGCGUACAAAGAUUUGGAGGCUUUGCUCCAAUUCAUGUACCGAGGUGAAGUCAAUGUGUGCCAAGAAGAGUUGGGUGGUUUUCUUAAGACUGCAGAAAUGUUGGAAGUGAAAGGGUUAACUGGGGAUGAUAGUCAACGGAGUUCUUCCCCAAGCAACCAAAUGCAGCAGCCUCAAGCAUUACCAUCUAAGCCAUCUAAAGAUAGAACACACCUCUCUGGUAAACUUGUAUCAGCAUCAAUGGUUUUGUCUGAUGAUUCAAGGAGUAUCCAUUCAUCACAGUUCAAGAGGAAAAGAGUUUCUGGACCUGUAAGCCCUGCUACAGCAAACUCAGUCAAUGAAGAAAACAGCAACACAAGGGGACAUUCAGAAUAUCCUGAACUGGCUCAUCCUAAAGUUGAACCCAGAGAUAUGGACACUGAUGAUGGUGGUGACAGUUACAGUGCAGAGAAAGAUGCCAGCGACUCCUUGGUGACUCUGCUAGCAGGAGAAAGUAGCCAUGGAGGAAUUCAUUCAGAAGGCAUGGAUCCUGCGGUGUUCAGUUCUAUGUCAGCGCACGGACAAGGUGAUUCAACAGGGACUCAGGAUGCCAGUCAAGGGAAUCACUUUGAAGAGGAGGAUGAGGAUGGAAAGCCCAGCAGUUUGCCUUCCAAGGCUGAGAAUCCAGAGCUGGGAUACAGUCUGCAAGUGCUGAGACACAGUCUUAGCAUUCACAACAGCAGCAGAGGUGUGAGCAUUCUCAAGAAAAAUAUCAUCAAUCAACUCUGGCGGCCCAAUGCUUCCCGUGUUACUUCUGAGUACCGCUGCACGCUGUGUCAGAAGACAUUCACUCGCAGAGAUCACCUGCGCACUCAUGAGAGGAACUUGCAUGGGCAAGAUGCAGGGCCAUUCACUUGCUGCAUUUGUAUGCAGUUAUACAAGAAUGCUGAUAGCUUGCGAAAGCAUGUAACCAAGUAUCACUUCUCUCGUGAAGUUGCGACAUCAACAUCAACUGCUACCACGGCCACCACAGAUGUCCCAUCCUGAUAGAUUUUACUACGGAUAAAGUUUUAUUUAUUACCCUGUAGCAUCAUUCUGUCACUUUUAAACAGGGCCAGAUUUUUAUUAGACAUAUAGUAGACAAACCAAAUUAUCUGACCAAAGUUAGUCUGAAAUUGUACAAUCAAAGGCAGCAUCAACUAGUCAUGAUAAGCCAAGCGAUCCAACCGUUUGUUUGUUUGUUGUGUUUUGCUCAGGAUUAUUGAGCAGUUUUUAGUCAGUAACGUUUGAUUUCUUCAGUGCCAUAAAACUGCCAAGAAAAUUAUUGGGCAAAGAAAAUUUAAUUUGCAUCCUUAAACUUAAAUUAUUUUCAUAUAAUAAUAUACAGUUUUAGGGUAUAAAUACAAAAUUGAACUUCAUGUUAACUAUGAUUCUAAAAAUGGCACCAUCUCUGCUUUUUUUCUAUUAGUUUUCGGUGACUGUCCAUUUUUUAAUUGAUUGAUCAGUAUAAUUGGACUUGUCUGAAUGAGAUUUUAGAGAUGUACUAUUCAGCUACCCUCUGCUACAAAGGAGACACCAGUAUUAGCUGUUUAGGCGCAGUUAUUGAAGUGGUAUUGGUAUUGUUUCAUAGGUUAGUCAAUCUGAACCUCAUUCUCGUACUCGUUUCACAGCAUUAUUCGAGUAUCAUUUAGUGCCUUUGACAAGUGCCUUCAUACUUGAGCCAAACUUGAACUUAUAUAAAAGUAGAGUGAACUUAUAUAUAAAUAUAUGUAUUUUAUUUGUCUUUGGAAAGCUUAGACAUCAUACACAUAACAUAAAUGUAGUUACAUUAAAUCUUAUACCAUAAAAUAGUGCCAAGGUAUUACAGUUUAUGAACCUGUAGUCAUACUUCAUUCUAGCAAUUGUCUGAGUAGUUUUAUAAUAAUGAAUGUUCAACAUGUUUGCAAUGUUACUGUACUAUGUAUCCCAAAGCUUCUAGUUGUAAGACCAUUUUAUUUCAUUCGUUGAUGCAAAUGACAGUUAACACCACUUAGCCACAGAUAGAUACACCCUGCCAACUGCAGUUCCUUUAAAUUUUCAAUAUACUGUUCUUCAUUUAUUCUUCUUUAACCAUGUGUUAUUUUAGAAGUUCUUUUGGACUCUUGUGCUAUUUCAGUUUAAGGUUCUACCGAAACAAUUAGAAAUCUCGACUCAACAAUUGACUUUUGGUACAUUUUAGCCACUUCAAGUCUCAUUUAGUUAUUCAUCUGUUUAGUGGGGCUGUUUGGCAGUGAUAUGUGUUGGGUCUAUGUGGAGUUGUUUUGACCAUUGGUUUUAUUUGAUUGCAAUGAAGCCUCCCAUCUAGUCCAUUGAUGGCCUCCUAAGUAGUAAUCACAUCACUAAGCUAUUACGUGAUAGCUUUUCAGAGAAAAGGCAUUUUUUUUCUCUCUUCUAGCGCCUUUUUAUCAUAACAGACUGAUAAGGCAAUUAAUGCAUAAUGGUACAAUAAUAUUGAAAUAACUUGAGUGUACCUCAUUUAUUUGAACUUUUAUUCUAGAUUUAAGUGGUUCUAAAAUGUUGUUUGCUUCCUCUCCCUUUUUUUCUGCAUAUUUUUGACUUACAUUUAUUUCUGAAAUUUGCACCUAUCCUUUCUUUCUUCAGUUUAUUGUAAGUGUUUAAAUGAGGUUCCAUUGAGUUCUCAAAUAAUGUGUGCAAUUAUCCAGUUAAAGUUUUCUUGAUUUAUGACCCCUCUUUACUUUGUUUUGAUGUUUUUGACUUUCAACCACCAAAGUAUUUGUUUUAAUUCUUGAUCCCUAAGUAAUUCAAAGAUUAUGAACUAGUCAGUUAUCUUUGUUGGAACCAAAUAUAAGCAAUGCUUUUCCAAAUAUAUCUUACUGGACUCGAAAUGGUCUCAAUUUUGUUCUUUCUUUUGAAACGUCAUAUUAGCUUUAAGCCCAAGCACAAUUGAGUAUUCAGAUGUGCAUGUGGAAUGAUGUGAAUUGUGUUUUUGUAUUUCUUGUAGCUGGGGUGUUCAAUUCAAGCUCUGAACAUCAAUGUUUUCUUGUGCCAUAUAUAUUGGCAUUGUUGUUCAACUUGUUAUGGUAUUCCCAGAUCUUUAUUAACCUGUUGUGUGUCUUGUAGAUUUCAUUUUAUCUUUGUUUUGGCCUCUUCAAUGUAUCCCUAAAAAGUUAAGUUGAAUAAAAGAGUCUUUACUGCACUCAGUACUCA